GCCGCGGCACACGGAGUCCGGCGCUUGGGGCAAGCAGGGAUGCGGGGUCCGCGGAGUGCGGGAGGCAGGCGGGGAGAGAGGAGGAGAAGAGGACCGGAGGGCUGGGGUGGAAAGAGGCAGGAGCUGAGUGGGGAAACAAGGCUGGACGUAGCGCCUGAGGAGGAGAGGAGGCACUUCUGAGGAGGGCGAAAUGGAACGGGACGCAACACAAACACAAGAAUCCAUCCCUGGUGCUGGGCCGUCCUGGGGGAAUGGGAGGAGCGGGCUCCCUUCGGAGAACCAUAAACUCUGGAAUGAGGGUGUGAGCUGCUUCUCCUCGCUCCCCCAUCAUUCCAGAUGCAUGAUGACACCACAUCCCACCAUCUCGCUGGCUUUUUUUUUAACUUCCCCAAAUUGUAUUUUGAAGACAACCAAAAGCAGAACGUGUUCUGGGUGUGGCUGCAUGUGAUUUACCCAAUAGCCAGAGUCUGGGGGACUCGAAGGGGAAAGACAGAGCAGCUGCUGCAGGGAGUGGACACCGAGGGCUGCAUGAUGAAGACCUCUGGAGCCUGUAUACUGUUGUGUUUCUUAGCACUCUCCUUGUUCUCAGCUGACUGGUUUCCAUGGGUGGUCAAUGGGCAAGAACUGGAAAGUGCAACUGGUGAAGUUAGCACCGACUCUCUUAUCAGCACCCCUGCUGCAGCUGCCACACCACCUGUGCUUCUUAGUCCUGUUCAGUCUGACAGUGAAACUACAACAGCUUCGUCAGAUUGUCGUGAGGAGAAGUUCCCUUGCACACGCCUGUACUCUGUCCACAAGCCAGUAAAGCAGUGUAUCAGUUACCUCUGUGUUACAAGUGUGCGUCGCAUGUACAUAAUAAACAAGGAGGUGUGCUCUCGCAUUGUCUGCAAGGAGAACGAGGUCAUGCAAGAUGAGAUCUGUCGCCAGCUGGCUGGCCUUCCUUCUCGACGUCUCCGCCGAUCUGGGCAACCCCUGCACCUCCCUUGCAGACAGCUUCUGGAGCAGCAGCGCAGAAGGCCUGAUGCUCUGUGAGCUACCAACAGUAGGAGAGAAGAGAAAUCAUCAUCCACUACCUACAACCCAAGACAAGUCCUUGUUUGUGAUUUCUCCACCGUUUCCUUGCUUCCCUGCCUUCCUCCACAUCCUCUUCUUCAGGUGCUGUAGUAUACAAAGUCCCCUCUCUGCUAGUCUGUCUCAGUGGCUGCUGCCAUCUUCUGAAUCUGUUGCCAAAGAGGUGGGAUGCUCCCCUCUUUUCUCUCAAACUGGUCGGCUUGCCAUGAACUGCUCAUUUCCCAGAGGUCCUUAUAAAUGUGCUGCAUCUUCUCUUGCUCUGCCCCUGCAGAGAGACAGCCAUGGGGACAAGAUAUUGUCCUCUCCAAUAGUACAGAUGCCCUAAGCUGCAUUUCAUGUGGAGGAGUGCAGACCUUUAUGCCUUACGACUCCUGGUCUAGGUUUCCUGUAUGACAUCAGUAUGAGUUUGGUUAUGGCUAGUCAGCCUGAGCCUCUCUGCCAUAUGAUGGCACAGCCUCCUCCUGUGUCUGCUGGCCUCAGAGAAGUGACAUCACUGGGAUAUGAACUGCCCUCAACCCAAGGCCAACCUUGUCCCUGUAUGGCAUUUAUAACUACCUCUGGGAAGGUCUUUGUCUCAAGCCCAUUGCCUCCCUCACACACAAUUGCUACCAAAAGGAAAAAUCCUGGAUUUCGUAUGGCAUUGUGUUUUUCUCAAGAAGAUUGUUGGAACAGAGUGCUGUCUCUUACUCUCCUCUCCCCUGUUCUGUCCCUUCCUUCCCAUUGAAGAAAUCUCUUGAUGCCCAUUGCAGGCAAGUUCCAGGGAGCAGUAAGUAUAGCUGCCACUGCUCCUAAGCCCAAGACCCUGUCUGUCUUUGCAGUACUGAGAACUUGCAGUGAAUUAA